AUGGCAAGUUGCAAUUCGGAUUCAACACAAUUUGAAGACGCCCCAAAGAAAACUAGAUGGUUGCCGCAUCCGGAUGAAAGACAAUAUGGAAAUCCAUAUAUUUAUCGUCGACGUGGAAUGGAAACACAUGAUGAUGAAUGGGAUCGAAAAGAUGAAGAAUGGAUGCAUUCUGUUGAUAAAUGCAAUUAUCGUUAUUUUCCAUGCAAAGAUCACAAAAAAAGUGAUAUUGAUGAAUGUACCGAAGACGAGCUCGUAUACAUUUUGGAACGUGAAUAUUGUUUACAAUCAUCUCACGAACAUGUCAAGUUGUUCAAGAAAAUGUCGAAUCGAUUUGUAAAUCAAAAAGGAUUCAAGAAACUUCCAAAAGAACUCAAAACAUCUGAACCAUUCUUCAAUGCUCAAGUCAAAAAAUCAUUGUGAGUUUUUUUUGUAAUAUGAGUACUACAGUAAUCUUUCAAAAUAAGUAGACACCGAAUCUAUUUUGUAAAUAAUUGCUUUCAAAAAUAGAAAUUGGACCAUAAAAACGCAAUCGGGCCACUUUUUGAACGUUUUAAGUGAUCUAGGAAAAUUUAAGAAGUUUCAAAUUGAAAGCUCCAAAACUUUUUGACAGUUUUUGCCGUAGAUCAAACAAACUCUUGUAUAUCCAUCUUUCUUCCGCUGAGUUUUCAAAUUAUUGUAUUUCCAGGCAAACCACAAUGGCUCCACUUUUUAUUCACUGUUAUGGUGAAUUUGUCUCUGUUGAAUUGACAAAACACACUUGUCAAGAAUGCAAAUUCAGAUUCUUGAUGGCUGCUGAAGAUUUGCAUUAUUUCUUGGAACUUCAAAAUAUUCACACAUUGGAUAUCAAAGUUGCUGCAGAUGGACACGAUGCUUUGCUGAAUGCAUUCGGAAAAUUGAGCGAUGAUUGGUGCAAAAAUGUCAAAUGUACAAAUUUGAUUUUCGAUGAGGAGGUGCUUUUUGAUAUGAAUCAUUUUUUGCAAAGAUUCGAAAAUUUGACAACUCUUCGAAUUCAACACAAUAGCAAGUUAGCGAUAAUUGUUGAAGUCAUGAUUCGUAAUUUAACAAAACUUGAAGUUCUUGAGUAAGUUUUUUUCUGAAAACUUUUUAUUGCAAAUAAAAUUUGCUAUUUUUCAGUUUGCAUUACAACGAACCAAAUAAGGCUGGUUAUUAUUUGAAUGGGCAAAUUUAUUCGUGGAUCACACAAAACGGAUUUUAUGAAAAGUUUGCAAUUCCAACUCAUAUUUGUAUUCAUUCACUUGUUGCUCCGCAUCCAAAUGAACCAAAUAUGUUCUUCUAUAGCAUAUUUGAAGAUUUGCAUCCAGCUUUUUCCGGAUUCAGAUAUUUCAUUUAUGACUACAAAACUGAAAAAGUUCGGACAUUUGAAAUAGCACCAAUCAAAAAAAGCGAGGAAAUUGUUCGAAUUGAAAGACCACAAAGUCCCGAUCCACAUUUGGAAAGAAAACUGAAUUUGUUAACACGUAUUCCACAAGUUCAUUUUGGACAUACAAUUGAUAUUUUCCAUUGGUAA